CGUAUCGGAACAGGAACGUAUGACUAUCUCAAACUUAAAAUUGUCCACAUCGACUUGAUCGACGUCAGGGGCCAGUGGAGCGGUUUGGUCAAAGCGAUUCGUGAACAGUGGAGCGGUGCGCUUGUCUGUCGGUUUAUACGCGCAAACAGAAAGUGACCACGCGAAACCGAGAAUUUAGGAGAGGGUAUGAAAAUUACAAACGUUACUGGAAUUAAUUAUCGUUGAGGCGAAAUCUACCAUGCCUUGACCACAGAUGACAUCUUCUGGACUGGGAAACCAUUUGAAAAAGCCUGAUACAAGAGGGCUGAUGUGAUUGCUGGGCUUGAAUAAAACCGUGUCUCAUCCAUGUCCAGUCGGUGCAGUCCACUGAGGGAUGUCACUCUGCUGGAAGCCACGGGGUCGUGAUGGUAACAAAAUGUUCUGAGCCCCAGGCAAUGCAGAGAUGUAAAGAUGGAGUCCUGAUCUCAGGUGGUUCUUCUAACUCCUAAUUUUCACCUAAUUCACUGUCGUCUGUUUCUGUUAGUGUGGGUGUAAGAAACAUGGAGGCUGUGAUUAGCAGGCUGAUCCUGUGAGUGACCCUAUGGCAGAGAGAAAGCACAGUGCAGGUCAGAGAGGCCCAGGAGGAGGUGAGACCCCCUCAUGAAGGAGGUUCGAAAAGGAGAAGAUGUGAUCCAAGGGAGUCCUUGGGUUCCUAUGUAUGACUCUACCAUGGACCACAUCAUCUGCUGCCUGCUGGUCCUGGGAGCCACAGUGAUAAUCACACAUGCAUGCCCCAAGUACUGUGUAUGCCAGAAUCUGUCUGAGUCCUUGGGCACAUUGUGUCCUUCCAAAGGCCUUCUAUUUGUGCCUCCAGACAUUGACCAAAGCACAGUGGAGCUCCGGCUGGGAGGGAACUUCAUUCUCCGUAUCACUCAGCAAGACUUUGCCAAUAUGACUGACCUGGUGGAUUUGACCCUCUCCAGAAAUACAAUCAGCUACAUUCAGCCCUUCUCCUUUGGUGACCUGGAAACACUGCGCUCACUUCAUCUGGACAACAACCGCUUAAUGGAGCUAGGCCCUGAUGAUUUGCGAGGCUUGGUCAACUUGCAGCACCUCAUUGUUAAUAACAACCAACUGGGACAUAUUCAUGACAAGGCCUUUGAAGACCUGGCUUCUGCCUUGGAGGACCUGGAUCUCUCCUACAACAACCUGAUGUCUCUUCCCUGGGACUCAGUCCGCCAGAUGAUUAAUCUCCACCAGCUUAGUCUGGACCACAACCUGUUGGAUUUUAUUCCAGAGGGCACCUUCACUGACCUGGAAAGGCUGGCAAGGUUGGACCUGACUUCAAACCGCUUGCAGAAGCUAUCCCCAGACCCCAUCUUUGCUCGUGCCCAGGACGCAAUGAUUCAGACUACACCCUAUGCUCCCCAGCUGUCACUAAGCCUGGGCGGGAACCCUCUCCACUGCAAUUGUGAGAUGCUUUGGCUGCGGAGGCUUGAGAGAGAUGAUGAACUGGAAACUUGUGCCUCCCCUUCUGUACUAAAGGGUCGUUACUUUUGGAACAUAAAGGAGGAGGAGUUUGUGUGUCAGCCACCUCUCAUUACCCAGCACACCCACAAGAUGCUGUUCUUGGAGGGCCAGAUGGCAAGCCUAAGGUGUGAAGCAACUGGAGACCCUUCCCCCACUAUUCACUGGAUCUCUCCUGAUGAUCAGCUGCUUGGCAACUCCUCACGAACUGCAGUGUACAGCAAUGGAACCCUGAGCAUCACCAUUACCACCUCUAAGGACUAUGGCAUCUUCACCUGCAUUGCUGCCAAUGUGGCAGGGGAGUCCACUGCCUCUGUUGAGGUGUCCAUUGUCCAACUUCCCUACCUCAGCAAUGGGACUUGGCAGCCAGUGCAGCCUAAGUCACGCCUUUCUGACAUCACAAGCACCACCAGGAUCAGCAAGGGGGCUCCCAAGAGCCAACCAGAAAGGGCGGUGUCAGUCUCUGAGGUAACAUCUUUUUCAGCACUGGUCAAGUGGACUGUAAACAAGUCAGCUCCCAAGGUGAAGAUGUACCAGCUCCAGUACAACUGCUCUGAUGAUGAGGUUCUGAUGUACAGGAUGAUCCCGGCCUCCAGCAAAGCUUUCUUGGUGACGAAUCUGGUGUCUGGGACUCGCUAUGAUCUGUGUGUGUUGGCUGCCUGGGAUGACACUGCCACCACGCUUACAGCUACCAACGUUGUGGGCUGCACACAUUUUUUCACCCAGGAUGACUAUCCUCAGUGCCAGUCUCUGCCCAGCCAGCUGCUGGGGGGCACCAUGAUCCUGGUUGUUGGAGGUAUCAUCGUGGCCACCCUGCUUGUGUUUAUUGUCAUCCUUAUGGUACGCUACAAAACUGCAGAUACUGAACCUCCGGUUGGGAAGCUAUCUAGUGCCAGUGACACACACUCUCAGACCAACGGGGGUCGCUUCAGGCAUAAUGGAUGUGUUAUGCCCCAGCCUCAGCUUCAGCCUGAGCUGAAGGUCAAGGCCAAAGUGACUGUGCAGGAUGAGGUAGUGGAGUUCAAGUGUGGCUCCCUCCAGAGCAGCCUCACAUCUUCUUCUGCUUCCUCGGGCUCCAUGGCUGCGGGCUCAUGCAGCCCCAACAGCACACUUGCAAAUAUUUGGAGGCCAGCUCCCCAUAAGCCUCAGUCCAACCUGGACCAACUCCUUGGGGCUUUCACCUCACUUGACCUGCGGGGAGCACAGGGCCAUGACCUGGGAGUCUCUAGUAGCUCUGCAAUAACAUUAGCCAAGCCCCGUGCUGACAGGGAACCACUACUGGGCCAGACACUGGACUCCAGCCUUAGCCGGCUCCUCAUGGUCCCACUGGACUCCAAACUGAAACGAAGCCAGUCCUUUGACAUGGGAGAUGUAGCAGGGGCUGGUGCUGGUCAGCUGUGCAACAAACCACGCAGGAUCAGCAAUAUCUGGACUAAGAGAAGCUUGUCUAUAAAUGGCAUGCUGUUGCAGUGUGAGGAGGAGGUGGAUGCAGGAGGGAGCAAAGGGACGAUUGACAGCACUGACUGGGUGAUAGAGAGUACUGUCUAGGAAAGAAUGAAGACGGCACACUGUCAAACACUGCCCAACUGGAUGGCCAACACCCAUGCCCAGACAGACAGGCUGCUCUAAGAGCCUUUGCCCCACAUAAAGCACAUUCAUUUUCAUCCCUUCCUCUCUGUUGGCCAGGCUCAUGUGAGAUAGGACGAUGGGUUUUCACAGUUAAAGCCAAAUACAAAUUGUUUUGCCUCUCACUUUGUACAAAGAUAUAAUAAAACAACUGAUCAGCCACUAAGAGCUGAAGGGAAAUGAAGGAGCAAUGCUACUCUAUCAAUUACAGAAAUACAGUAUGUGGUCAUGCACAUGGACUGUUAUUAUACUGUAUACAUUUAAAAUAUAAUGAAAAUAUCUUAUUUUGAUGGUCAAACAUGAAUACACAAA